AUGCAAUUGGCAGGUGUAAAGCCAGAAUCUACAACCUUUGCCUACAUCCUUGCAGCCUGUGUCAAAAUGGGAGCUCUGAAAGAGGGUAUGGACAUUCACCAAAGCAUAAAUGAUAGAGGAAUUUUGUCAAAUGUUGUAGUUGCAACGGCCCUGCUAGACAUGUAUGCAAAAUGUGGAAGCGUAAACAAGGUUCGUGAACUGUUUGACAAAAUGCCUCGAAGAAAUAUGGUAUCAUGGAGUGCAAUGAUAGCAGGAUAUGAACAAAAUGGAUUUGCUGGAGAGGCUUUAGAAACUUUCAAGCAAAUGCAAGCGGCAGGUUUAGUGGAUGAGGGUUGUACAUACUUCAACCACAUGAGAGAUCCUUAUUGCAUUACACCUACAGUUGAUCACUAUGUGUGCAUGGUUGACCUUCUUGCCCGUGCUGGCUAUCUUGAGGACACCCUAAACUUUAUCAUUAAGAUGCCACUUCAACCUGUGGUGGUUGUGUGGAUGUGUUUUCUUGCUGCCUGUAGAUUACACAUGAAUAUAGAUUUAGGAGUAUUUACAGCAAUGCUGCUUAUAGAUGUGGAUCCAAAAAUACUGCAACUUAUGUUCUUCUCUCAAACAUCUAUGCAGAACUGGGCAGGUGGGGUGAGGUUCAAAUGGAGAUGGGUUACAUCAUACACGGGAGAUUUAGGCAAAGUUGUAGAAAUGGCUCUGGAGAUGAAAGCAGCCGGGAAUUUUCCUGGAAAAUUCCAAACAUUUACUUAA